AUGUCCCAUUUUCGCGUAAUCAAGCAUGAGGUUCGCGCUCAGAAUGUACGAGAACGUCCUGGAGCUGUAAAAUUCGGCCAUGAACGGGAGCUUCGACUUGAAGUCAAGCAAUAUAUUCCACGGGACAAUCCCUUUCCCACAGAGGGCGAUCUAACGAUCAUUGGGGCCCAUGCGAACGGAUUUCCAAAGGUUGAGCUUUACGAGCCCCUCUGGGAUGAUAUCUACGAAAAUUUGCGUGCUCACAACCGGCGUAUUCGAGCAAUCUGGAUUGCAGAUGUUGUUCAACAAGGACAAAGCGGUGUUUUGAACGAAGCGAUUUUGGGAGACGAUCCGAGCUGGUUUGAUCACGGGCGAGACUUGCUCUUUGUGUUAAAUCAGUUCCAGGAUCAGAUUACCCAGCCCAUAAUAGGAGUGGGCCACAGUAUGGGAGGCAUGCAAUUAACUCAUCUUUCGUUGAUGCAUCCGUCACUCUUCCAGGGACUGAUAUUAAUCGAUCCCGUCAUCCAGCUAGAGAAUCCAAGCCUUAAAUAUGCAUUACCCUCUACCUACAGGCGGGAUCAUUGGCCCUCUCGCGUCGAAGCUGCGAACAAGUUCAGGUCUAGCAGCUUUUACCGAGCGUGGGACCCUCGUGUUCUCGAGAAGUGGAUUGAAUAUGGACUUCGAGAUCUGCCGACAAAGGUGUAUCCCAUUUGCCACGAAACUGGAACCCAGCAACCAGCUGUCACUCUAACCACACCCAAAACGCAAGAGCUAUUUACUUUCCUGCGAUCUUCAUAUGUUGAUAGGAGAUCAGGCUUGCCCCGAGGAUCACCCCAGGAGGAAAUGCACCCAGAUGACAUAGAUAACAGCCCAUUCUAUCGACCUGAGCCCCCACACAUUUUCCGCCGACUGCCUGAACUGAAACCUGCGGUCAUGUAUCUAUUCGGAAGCAGUUCUGAUCUUUCCUCUCCCACUGCCCGUCAAGACAAGCUACGAAUCACCGGUACAGGUGUGGGGGGAAGCGGUGGUGUAUCUCGUGGUCGAGUGCAGGAAGUUGUCCUUCCCUGCGGUCACCUAGUCCCUAUGGAACUGGUUCGAGAAAGUGCCCAAGCAAGUGGUGAUUUCAUUGAUUCUGAAUUAUCGUACUGGGAAUCCCAAACUUCGGCGUUUCGCAAAGCCUGGGAAUGCAUUCCGCAGGACGAACGCGUAACUAUCGACAAGCAGUGGGAAGAUAACAUUGGACCCUUACCCAAACGGCCCAAGCUUUGA